GGUGAAUAUGUAGAUAAGUUGGAGAAAGAGUCUAAAAUGUACGGGGAUAUUGUUAUUUUGAAUAUCACAGAGAACAUGGAUCAAGGAAAGACGAUGGACUAUUUCAAUUGGUUUGCUAAGCAUAGGAACGAUAAUUAUGUGGUCAAAUUGGACGAUGACAGUUUCAUCCAUCUUAUUCAUUACUACCGUGACCUUCAAGACUUACCGAGAGAACGUGCGUACUAUGGCAAUUCUCUGAUUUGCGACGAUAGAGUAUUUAUGGGAGACAUUGUUGGAUCACACUGGAAUCGUUCAGAAAUCGAAGGCGGCGAAGACCGACAAGUGGCUUACUGGAUAUGUGAAGUGGCUAAGAAGAAGAAGUACAUCGUGCACUAUGUUGGCUUCGGGGAUUUUUACCCCAUCCGCGAAAAUCCCAUCCAUAACUUUGACGAGAACCUGGACCUCCAUUCCCCUGCCGAGACCAUCAUAAUCCAUCGGCUAAAGAAAAUCGAGAAGUUGAAGGCCAUUAAGGAUUUGUACUCUGAAUACGAUGAAUACGAAGAGGGAUUGCCAAGGGUCAGAGUCAUUCGGAAUUCAAUGGCCGCAGGCCUGAGAACAAAGGAGGAGAAAUUUCAAGGAUGCUGGACUCAGCUUGAGCAAAAUAAAACCUUGUCUCAGAUGUUGUCACAAAAUUUACAUAUUACCUACAAGAACUGGUUCUAUGAGGCAUGGGGUUUUAAGGAGAGAAGUGUGUCUGUGGAUUACUGA